GCCAGCACCAGCACAAGGCGAUCGAGAGUGGUGACCACCAGUAAACUGCAAAGUGCAAACCAAACACCACCCACGAGAAAGCGGAGGAGGGAGCAAUGGCGGAGCCGAGCCAGCAGCUGCGGUCGUUCGUGGAGGUGCCGGCGGGCUCCCACUUCCCCAUCCAGAACCUGCCCUUCGGGGUCUUCCGCCGGCGGGGGGUGCAGGCGCAGGCGCCGCGCCCCGCGGUGGCCAUCGGGGACUUCGCGCUCGACCUCGCCGCCGUCGCCGACGCGGGGCUCUUCGACGGGCCCGCGCUCUCCGGCUCCCCGUGCUUCCACCAGGAGACGCUCAACAUGUUCUUGGGGAUGGGCCGGCCGGCGUGGAGGGAGGCGCGCGCCACGCUACAGAAAAUCCUAUCAGCCGACGAGCCCGUCUUGCGUGACAACGAAGCACUGAGGAACAAGUGUCUGGUACCAAUGAGUGAUAUAGAGAUGGUUCUACCAAUCACGGUUGGAGGUUACACGGACUUCUUUUGUUCUGUGCACCAUGCAAUGAAUUGUGGAUUCAUCUUCCGAGGGCCGCAGACUCCAGUCAAUCCAAAUUGGUUUUAUCUUCCAGUAGGAUACAAUGGGCGAGCAUCAUCUAUAGUUGUGUCUGGAACCAAUGUCAUUAGGCCCAGGGGACAAGGACAUCCAACAGGAAACUCCGCUCCUUAUUUUGGUCCCUCGCAGAAGCUUGAUUUUGAGCUUGAGAUGGCUGCCAUUGUUGGUCCAGGGAAUGAAUUAGGCAAACCUAUUGAUAUUAAUGACGCCGAAGAACAUAUUUUUGGCCUAACUUUGAUGAAUGAUUGGAGUGCCAGAGAUAUCCAGGCUUGGGAGACUAUACCUCUUGGACCUUUCCUUGGGAAAAGCUUCAGUACCACGGUAUCACCAUGGAUUGUUACCCUAGAUGCUUUGAAGCCUUUCAUGUGUGAUGCUCCUAAGCAGGAACCCGAGCCUUUACCGUACUUAGCCGAAAAGAAUCACAUAAAUUAUGACAUUCCUCUUGAAGCCUGGAUUAAGCCGAAAGAUCAAAAUGACGCAUCAAUUGUCACAAAAACUAAUUUCAAGCAUCUGUAUUGGACGCUGACACAGCAGCUAGCACACCACACCAUCAACGGAUGCAACAUGAGGCCGGGGGAUAUAUUUGCGACUGGCACACUGAGUGGACCUGAACCGGACUCCCUCGGGUGUCUGCUGGAGCUGACAUGGAACGGGCAGAAGGAGAUACCGGUGGGGAAUUUGACCCGCAAGUUCCUAGAAGAUGGAGAUGAAGUCAUCUUGACAGGAUGUUGCAAGGGUGAAGGCUACAACAUUGGUUUUGGAACCUGCACCGGGAAGGUUCUGCCGGCACUUCCCUGAGCCAACACGUCUUGGCAUCAGUUCUCCGGAGUCUCAACGAUCUCAGCUAUCAGAGAGUUGUCUCAACGGUCUCAACUAUCAAAGAGUUCAUGCCGCUAUCUAGCAAGGCUGCUAUGUAACUGAACAAUAUGAAUAUGGGUUGUUUUCCUGGGCUGUUGAAGAUGAGGAGACUGAUGCUCUGUUGUGCAAUAAAACCGCUUCACCAUUUUAUACG